AUGACCAUACCUCCGGAAGCGGCUAAUGAGGCCUUGAACGUCACGCUGACCUUUGUGCAAUUGCUCAUGAAGCGAUGCAUCGAGGUGAAGAAGGACGACCCAGAGGCCUUAAGGCUAUCCGAUGAGAUUGCCAAGCGCGUGGCCAAAGACUUAAAACUCUAUGGUGGGAAUGCCACAUCAUUCUCCCCACAGCUACUCUCUUUUGCUGCGGUGAUAAGACAGCACUCAAGGGGCGGCACCUUUGAGAGUGUCCCCAACUGGACCUCUGUUAUCGACGACGAUCCACGGAUCAAGAGCCACCUGCGAUUCCAGAAGACCGUCCAUUAUCGCCAACCCUCUGCGGAUGUUCCUGCAAUCGCGACAUUGACUGCAAUUUCCACUGCUGUCCCAACAACAAUGACCCUCAUUGUCCCGCCGUUGACACCCUCAGCUCUACCACGUGUGCUAUCUCACAUGGAAUCGGAUCUCCUCUCCAAGCUGGUAGUGGAACCGAAACUAUCUUUGCGUCGAGCGCGCAAGAAUCCACCUGUUCUCAGACAUUUUCCAGCAGGUCCACUGGCAAGAUUCCACCACCUGUACGGGACCGCCUUUAUGAGAAAACCGGAGAAUGCUGUCUUGCAGGUGAGCAAUAGCAAGAAGUGGAAGGCGGAAGACGAAGAUAGGGAUGAGGCCACUGCAGUUGCCAAGGCCAAGUUACCUUCCCCAUCCGAAGAGCCUGCGAAAAAAAGGAAGAAGUUAAUAUCAAAUGUCCAAAAAGGGCCAACCGGAACCAUCUUGGUGAAAACAAAGGGAUUACCUGUCACCACUGACCAGGAUAUUCUGCUAGUGAACAAGAAGGAUUUCCGGGACACAGCAACUCGGCCUGCAGAGUGGGGCUCCGAUUCUCAUAUCGCUACUCCGCGGCAGCAUUCCGUUCAUUACCAUCCCCGGCAGUGCGACAAGUGCACGAAAUUGAACAUGCCUUGUGUUGUCCUCCCUGACAAAAAAUUUGGAUACACCUGCCUGGCAUGCGCAAAUUGCGAUAGUAUGAAGAUCGCGUGUGCAAUCGACGGUGUUGGUGUCCGGCAGAGGUUGCAAGGGAAGUCAGCGAAAGCAUCUUCCAACCCUGCCAAAUACCCCAGGACUACCAAGUCCGCGCCAUGUCCUCUCCCUGAACAGAACAUCAUUGAACAUAAAGAGGCAGAGAAAAAGCCCAUGGACAUCCUUCCCGGUCAGAUGCAAAUGCACCUGGAACACCGGCAAUCACCUGCACCCACCAGCUCGCUCGAAUCCGAGCCCACCCCAAGAUAUAUCCUCCAGAGCAUCCAGGACCUCAGUAGGAGAUUGGAUCUCCUUGCUACCAAUGAGCGGGUGGACAGGCUGGAGGCAAGAGCGGGUUUGGUGGAGACUAACCUACUUAAACUGUUGAAUGAGUUGGAGGAACGGUUCAACGCAUCCAAUGCUCGUCAGCAAUCCAUGGCAUCCCUCGCAUAG